AUGGGUGCGUAUUUGCAGUUGUCGCUUUUCAAUAUUUUCAAAAAGCUGGCUGUUCUUUACAAAAAUCGACCGAUGCAUGAAAUCAAACGAAGUUCCCAUUUUGAACUAUAUCAGUUUGGUUACCAUCUUUUGCGGAAAUUUUUCGCUGAUUACAAACGGAUCGGGUCGAGAUUGCUUCCGGAAAUUUUAUUUUGGAAAGGACCAAAAGAAAGUUUUGAGAUCGCGAAUGGGUAUGGCGCUUAUGAGAUCACAGCUUGCGGCCGAAAAGGUAAAGAAAUUCUAUGGCCCGAAGAAUUGGACAAUGAAUUGAGGGCUUUAUAUGAGGAAUAUUUGCUAUUUGAAGAAAAGCCUGAAGGCGUGGAUAUUGUGGAAUACAUAGAGCAGGGUCUGUCGCGUUCACGCACACGUCGGCAAAUCAUUCGGCAUAUGAAAAGUUAUGGACUGAAUUCGUUUGGUCAUCGAGCGAAGAGGAACGAUGCGGAAAGUAGGCCCAGUUCAACAAAUUUCGAGCCAGAAACCAUCGAUCGGAUACAUUUUCUUGUAAAAGAGUUCAAAAAUACAACUCAUUCGUCUCCAUCAGAUGAUUUGGUUAAUUUUAUACGUAAAAAUCUACCAAGGAAGUAUAAUCGAACACAGAUUAUCAAACAGCUUCGUUAUGAAGGCAUACACUACGAACCACCGACGAAGAGAAGGUAA